UAAUGUGGUGCAUGGCGCAGCGCUAGGGUUCUUGGAGACGCCGGCACCCUCCGGCUAUGGCCGACGCCGCUAGCAACGAGGUACGUGAUCCGAAUCUCGGGGACGCUGCUACCGCCGCGGCUGCGGCCAUUCCUACUGCCGUGAGAUCGCUGCUGCCAUCGGCGGCCUCCAGCGCCUUCGCAAGCUCCAGUAGGGUUUCCGGGGCCGGGGACGCUGUGGUUAGGGAUGGACAGGGCCGAUCUUUCUCCGUUCCGGCAAGGAUGGGUCUUUCUUGCUCGAUGGAAUUGCCAGGAAUCUCGUUCGAGGACUCGUCGGCUGCUCCCGCGAGCUUGCUUGGCUCCGCCAAUUCUCUGGAGAACUCUGGGGUGACAUCGGUGGAUUGCAGUAGCCUGGCUGGGACGAGCAAUGGGGAUCUCGAGUCCAUUCCGGGCUUGGCGACGGAGGGGCAUUCGUCCAUGGAGUUGGAGAGGUCCUUGAAUCAAUCGGCUGUAGAGGGCGCAUUCACUUACGAGUGUAUGGACGCCUCGUCGCCGGAUCCUCACCACGAUUACCAAGAAGCGCUCGGGUCUUACCAGCAGUCGGAGGGACUUUUUCCAGCAGCGGGUGCUUCGGAUGAUUCCACUUCGCCAUCUCUUGCCCAGGGCUCUUGCGCGGUGAAUUCGGCGUUCUUCGAGGCGUCGGGAUCAGUGGAGUUGGAGACUAGGUCCAGUCCUGUAGAUGGUACGCAGUCUGCGUCUGCUGCUCUGGUGAGGGCAGUGACUUUGCUGGAUCCCUCGUCUCCUACGGCUGUGAAGCGCUCAAAAGAUCUCAUAACUUCCGCUCGCUCGAGUAUUCCCGGUGAGAAGAGAGCUGCUGUUCCCCCGAAGAAGCCAGCUGAUGUAGAGAAGGAAGAAGAAGCAAUGCAAUUACCAUCUUUGCAGGAGCUACAGGAGAAGCUUGGAGCACAGAGAAAGGUCUUCGAGAGUCAAGUUGACGAGCUGCAAAGUCUUCUAAAAGUCCAAUACAGCCUCACUGGAGCGAACCCCCUUUACCUAGAAAUGGGUACUUCUGUGCUCGGCCCUCGAGCAGUUAAAAGGCCUGAAGAUUCACUGCUGCCAGAGGCCCAGAGGUUGCUACGAGAUGUAUUUGCCCUCAAAGACACGGUCACCAAAAAAGAAGUGCUGGAACUUAGUGCCCUCACGGGUGCUGCGCGGACUCACGUCAAUGACUUCUUCACGGGGCAACAGUCUCGUGUGAAGAGGCUGAUACAAAUGGCAACCGAUGGUACCGGAAAGGUUGACGUGAGCAGUACCGCGGAGUACACCCAGUCGCAGUUUUUCCCGACAAAUACAAGCUCUCUGACAACGCUGAGCUCAUUAGAGGCGUUCGAAAAGCUUCUAGAUCACAUGCGUGCAGAGAAGUCAUUCACUGGCCAGUCGAAUCUCCUUCAACUUAUUUUGGAAGCGGACUUUGUUCCGGGACUUCGCUUUUUCUUAGAGAACGGUGGCUUGCGUGUUUUGGCCAAGUGGUUGACUCAGGCAGCUUCUGAAGAACAGACGAGUCUCGUCAGGUUAAUAUUGAAGGCUCUUCUACACUUGCCGAUGAUCCAUGCUAUUCCGGCCCAUGUCUCUCCACUUGUUCAGAUAAUGACCAAGCUUCGGCUGUAUUUUGCAACAGACGUUGCUUCGAGAGCACGCACGUUAUUAGCAAAAUGGUCAAAGAUUUUUGCACGAAAUGGAGUUGGAAAAUUAGCGGGGCAAGCGGCAGAGCCUGCUGGUGUUUCAGGCGCACUUGGACAAAGCAGCUCGAGUGGACCGUCUGUUGGUCCGGACAAGAAGAAGCUUAAGACAGAAACCAGCACCGUUUCGGAUGCGCAGAAUGCGCAGAAGGCGCAGCAAAACAAGGUGUUGGCUCAGCCAAACUUAAAAGGAUUGGAUAUGUCGGAGAGGCCAUCCUCUAGCUCAAAUUUGCGCAGGAGAUCUCUACAAACCGUCGAUGACCCCGUACUUGCCACCCAGGCUUCAAAAAAGAAACUUGCUGAACAUGGCAAAGAGAAAAGACGAGUCGUUCUCGUGGAGGAGCUUACUGCAACGACAAGACGUAUCAGAGAUGCUAAUGCGAGGAAGCCUUCUAUAACGGAUAAAGGAUCACGGCCUCUUUCGGCAGAUGACAUACAGAAAGCUAAAAUGCGGGCUCGCCUGCUUCAAGGAUCUAAUCCAAAUGCGGUGAACUCAAACCGUGGUAGUCAAGCCGUGGCACCCGAUGGCAGCCCGCAAGAAUCGAUUCCUCCGACCGCUCCGGUUCAAGAUUCAGCUUUGCAAGAUUUAGCUAUGCCAACUGCGCCACAAAAGGUGGAAUAUUUCAGGCCCGUACAAGAGUCACCUCCGUUGAAGGUUCCAACGACAGAGUAUUUCAAACCGCUUCAGGAAGUAACACCAGCAACUCCGCCAAAGGUUCCUGUCGCGGAGUUCUUUAAACCGGCACCACCUCAGGAGUUGACACCGUCAAUCCCGCUGGACGCACCACCGGCGCUUCAAAUUGCAGAGCUUCUGAAACGUGUAAUCCCUUGGAGCAUACCCCGAGUGUUUACCGUGGAUCCGCAAUGGACUGUUGCCGUUGGGGAAGAAAGUAAGGAGAAGGAGGUUCAAUCCAUGCGUGUGAAGCGUGAAGUGGAAGAGUUCUACUCGGACCCAGGCCUGAUCCCCGAGAAUCCAAGGGAUCCAUGGGACGUAGAGCCGGACUACGACGACUCCCUCACCCUCCAAGUUCCACUGGAAGAUGGACAGGACAAGGCAGAAGGUACAACAAUCCCGCAAGCUCCAGAACCACCUCAGGCGGCUACCGCAAGUGCCCCGGCUCACGACCCCGAGCUGCUGGCACUGCUACUGAGGAAUCCAGCUCUGGUGUCCGAGCUCACGUCCGGCGUGGUAAAGCCUGACAGCACCCUCAAGCCGCUCCAACCUGUGCAGGCCGGUGGCGUAGCAUCGCUUCUUCACGGCAUCCAACAACAACAACAACAGCAGGUAAUGUCUCAUCAGUUCCAAAGAGAUUCCGCUCCUCCACAGCCACCACAGUUCCAGCCGCAGGGUCUGGAGCUCCCGUACCGAGAAAGAGAGCAGCAGCAGCAGCAGCAGCCAUUCUACCUCCCAGGUUCGACGAGUUCUUUAGUAGUGGCACCGCAAGCUCCAAAUGCCGGAGACGCUACUGGGCGAGUUCCAUGGAAUGCUCUUGAGAUGUUCCAGGCCCAGGCAAAGGGCGGCGGCGGCGGCGGCGGCGGCGGUGGUGUUGGUGGCUAUGGUGGUAGCGGUGGUGGUGGCGGUGGUGGCGGCGGUGGGUUUAGCAAUCUCGUCCCACCGGCCAGAGAUUUCAAUGCAAAUGCCAAUGGAGGAAACCCGCAACUUUGGAACCGAGUAAGUAAUAAUAAUGUGUCGUUUGGCCAGCAUCACCACCAGCAUCAUCAUCAUGCUCAUCAUCAUCAAGGCAUGGAAAUGAGAUCGUCCCUGGCGCAUAAUUUAGAUGGGUCUGCUAGAUUCGCAAGGCCGCCGCCACCCCAUCCUCCACAACACCACCAACAAAGCAGCUGGUUUAAUAAUAAUAAUCAUACUAGGAGCUCCAUACCGCCGCGGCCUGGCUGGUAACAUACCAAAUUUUUGGAAAGAAUGGCAUUUUAUUUUUAUCUUUUU